GGGUUUUUUAUAUUUAGUGGGGGGAGGGGGGAAGUGAGAGGAGCGCAAAAAAAGGGAAGGCCGGAGAGCCAGGAUCCGUCUCCAUCCGGACUCCUGCGUCGCGUUAUUUAUUAUCUGGUAUCGGUAUACACACAGCGACGGCCCGAUAGAACGAGCCCGGAAGGAGGCACGUUUUAAGGGGUGCCUAAAGGAACCACCGUACUCAAUGACCUUCCAGCGAGAUGUCAGAUCGUUUGGGGCAAACUGCAAAGGGAAAGGAUGGAAAAACCAAGUACUCGUCACUCAACCUUUUUGAUACUUACAAAGGAAAGUCCUUAGAAACUCAGAAACCUACAGUCACUGCACGUCAUGGAUUGCAGAGUCUCGGUAAAGUUGCCGCAGCUCGGCGCAUGCCACCCCCUGCAAACCUGCCAAGCUUAAAAGCAGAAAAUAAAGGCAAUGACCCUAAUAUUUCUUUAGUACCAAAAGACGGAACAGGAUGGGCAAGCAAGCAAGAAUCACAAGACCAAAAGAGUACCGAUGCAUCGACAUCUCAGCAGCCGGAAUCGCAGCUGCCGCCGGCUUCACAGACGUCUGGCUCCAAUCAGUCGAAACGUCCAGCAGCAGCAACAGCAGUGGUAGCAACUCCACAGGAGACCACCCCUUCAGCACAAAGCGGAACAAAAUCCUGGGCACAGGCGAGCGUUACACAUGGUGCACAAGGCGAUGGUGGAAAGGGAUCAAACCAACAGUCGCCAUUCUCUCGCGAGGAAUUUCCAACCCUGCAAGCGGCUGGAGAUCAGGACAAAGUUGGCAGAGAAAGGGACAUUGCAGAUCAGUCGUAUGGGCCCGGACCAAGCCUCCGCCCUCAAAAUGUGACCAGCUGGAGGGAGGGUGGUGGGCGGAACUUGGGUGCUCCGGGUGUCUCUUUGAUCGAGGGGGAAACCAAAGAGCUAAGCCCAGAAGAAGCAGCAAGCUGUAUAGCAUCCUCAGCCGACCAGAAGGUGCCCCUGAGGAUGGCCGAACAACCACCUAGAUCAGGGAGCGGUGUGCCACAGCAGGCAGUUCCCCAGCCAUACCCUCCACCAUACAGGGGGAUGAUGCCAGCUUUUAUGUAUGCUCCAUAUUGUGGUUUACCGUUUCCAGCACCUUAUGGACCACAGGGAUCUUACAGAUACCCAUCACCCGAUGCCAGCAAGUUUCCUCGUGUUCCUGCUCCUCGAUUGCCUCAGCAUCCAACACGGAUGUCCGAAGCAGUGAAACGACCCUCCAUCCUCAAACAGGACGACUUGAAAGAGUUUGAUGAGCUUGAAAAUGAGACUGAUGAUGGAUGGGCAGGAGCACACGAGGAAAUAGACUACACUGAAAAGUUAAAGUUCAGUGACGAUGAAGACGAUGAUGAUGCAGAAAAGGGAAAAUCUGAUAACUGGGACGGCCAGAUCAAUCGACCUGAAAGGCAAGAGCUGCGCAAUUCUGAGCAUAGGAAGGAGACCCCUUCGGAGGAACAUCCGUCUGUGAAGGCAACCAGGAGUGAAGGUGCAGCCCCUGCUUCAUCAGAGCUGGGUCCACCCCCUAGAGUUCCUACCAAUUGGGGUCCUUCUGUGGAUUACCAGGGUCGAAGAGCAGGCAUGGGCUUGUCCCAUGAGCAUCAGGUUACUCACGGGCUGUACAACAUCUUCAGGCAGGCCUCUUCCCUCAGCAUGCACCAGGAUGUAGCCCCUCAGGACAAACCUGGUGCCCUGGCUACUCAGAAGGCACCAGUAGGCGAAGAUGAAGAUGAGGCCUGGCGUCAGCGACGCAAGCAGUCCUCCUCUGAGAUCUCUGCUGCCGUAGAGCGGGCACGGAAGCGGCGUGAGGAAGAGGAGCGCCGCAUGCAGGAGGAACGGCGGGCUGCCUGUGCCGAGAAGCUGAAGCGCCUGGACGAGAAGUUCGGGGCCUCUGAGAAGCGGCAGAAGUCUGAGCAGGAGAAGGAGGAGGCAUCGGAGGGAAAGGAGAAUGAGGAGCCAGUCGGCUCUAACAAACGUCAGAGAACAGCCAGCAGCAGCAGCUUUGAAAUGACACAGGCUGAUCCCCCGCCUCCCCCUGAAAAGGAAACUAUUGAAGUGAAAGAGGAGACGGGAGUGGUGAGAGUUGAGUCGAAAGUAGAAGUGGUGGUUCCAGGGCGGCAGACGCAAACUUCACAGGGUUACUCUAAAUACCAGAAGUCAUUGCCACCCAGGUUUCAAAGACAGCAGCAGGAACAACUGCUUAAGCAGCAGCAGCAACAGUGGCAGCAGCAGCAACAGCAACAGCAUCACCAUCAGCAGCCGUCCUCCCAGCAGGCUCCAUCACAGCAGCCUCCACAGCCUCUUGCCAUGGCUCCGUCAGCACCUAUGCACCCACAACAGCAGCAGAAGCCGAUGUACCCUGGCUCAAUUGGCCGUCCACCACCACCUCCCAUGCCCCCCAUAGGCUAUGACCCGCGUUGGAUGAUGAUGCCUCCUUACAUGGACCCUCGUAUGAUGCAAGGCAGGCACCCCAUCGACUACUUCCCACCUGGCGUUCAUCCAUCGGGUUUAAUGGCUCGUGAGCGCUCAGACAGUGGUGGUUCAGGAUCGGAACCCUUUGACCGUCACCCCUCAAGGGGCACUCCUCCUAUUGACCCCAAGCUGGCCUGGGCUGGUGAUGUGUUCCCAUCAACAGAAAUUCGGCCUCUGGCUUCACCGAUAAGACCUCAUGAAGAUGAUGACAAAGGCUUGAGAAGUGAAACUCCACCUGUCCGACACCGUGAUGCUGGACCACCACAAUCCUUCAUGAGCAGCCUCCAGCCCGUUUCGGAGAGCGGACCCCGGCACGUUGCCCAGAUGCAGCGCUAUCCACUGGUAGAGCGGCUGGACGAGCAGAGGCCAAGCCCUUGGCAGAACUCACUACCCAGCAGCAUCCAGGCCGAACUGGGCAGAGACAGGCGGAUGGAGAUGUCUGCCCAGCUCCAGCAUUCUGCACGCAAACCAGACCAGGAGCCGAUGCCUGCCCGCAGGGAGGUGGCCCAGCUCUCACACGAGGACAAGAAGGUGGAGCCACAUGUGAUGCACCACCCCCGGGAAUCCGUGGGGCUCCCCAAUAGCGUGAAGAAAACAGGGCCGCCCCCUCAGCCCCUGGAGCUCCUGCAGCAUAAGGAAGACCACCAGGCCAAAGAGAACAAACAGGAGGAGAGCAGGAAGGGGGACAAACCUGGCCGUCAGGAUAUGCACCGGUCGCAGAGGAAGGAACCCAAAACAGAAACCCGCUGGGGUCCCCGGCCCGGCAGCAAAAGCCGUGAUGAGGCAGGGGAGAAACCUGCCCGCAGAGCGGGCCCGAUUAAAAAGCCAGUGUUGAAGGAGCUGAAGAGGGAAGACAGUGAGCAGGAAACUGAGAAGGGAAAGCCAGCAGCUGGGGAGAAAGUCACUGUCAAAGGAAAAGACAGGCCACUGGAAUCCAAGUUCGAAGCUGACCCCUGCAAACCCGAUUCUUCCUCUUCCAUGGGUUUGAAAGUGAACCAGCCCGGUCCUCCCAUUGUUUCCAAUAAGUCUCUGCCAGGCCCUCCAGUGACCAAUCUGCAGGAUGAUCGAGGGAAGCCCAAGGCGCCUGGAAAGGACCAGAGGACGGAGAAAGCCAAACCAUCCAAGCCACCUCCAAAGGAAUUUGGUGGACCCCGACGCAGCAGGGACCGUGACCAGAUGUUUGAGGGUGGCUAUGCUGGCCGGGGACGCCCGAGGGGCCGCGGGGAGUUCUUCUCAAGGGGCAGAGGGUACCGGGGCUCCUAUGGGGGCCGGGGGAGAGGUGGCAGGGGACGCAGCCGUGAGUUCCGUGGCAGCCGGGAGCCUGUAUACCGAGCGGGCGAGGAGGGUGCUAAGGGCUCCUUCCGGCCCAGAAACCCCAGCGAGACACGGAGUGAGGGCUCAGAGUAUGAGGAGAUACCAAAGCGGCGGCGCCAGAGGGGCUCAGAGACUGGCAGUGAGACCCAUGAGAGCGCCAGCGAUGUGGCCCACUCUGACAAGGAGGCCCCUUCAGGUCCCAAGGAGCCCCGCAAUCCCGAUCAGGGACGGAUGGACAAGAGAGGUAGGCCUGAGCCAGCCAAAUUCGGGGACAAGACUCCGCCUCGGCUCAGUGACACUUCCCGAGGCAGGAUUUUCACCCCACGUGGCGUGCCCUCCAGAAGAGGGCGGGGGGGUGCCCCGAGAGGUGGCAGCCGCCCCCAGCAGGGUGGCUGGGGCCCCCCUUCGAGGGCACCCCCUCCCAGGAAACAGCCAUCCAAGGAGCAGGCAAAGGCUCCAGAAGGCAAGCCACUGGACGUCCCAUCAGGCAAGGAACACGAUAAGAGCCUGCCAGAGAAGCCGGUGCCAACAGUGGACCCUGGCUUCCCUGAUGGUCCACCCCCACGGCCGGAGAGACCCCUAGACAGGCCACCGAGGAGGCGGCGCCACGGCCGGUCCCAGCAGCAAGACAAGCCACCCCGCUUCCGCCGUCUGAAGCAGGAGCGGGAGGUGGCAGCCCGGAUGAACGGUGAGAGGAGUCCCUUCCCAGCCGAGGCGCUGCCAGUGAACCCCCCUCCCAACCCCCAGACAGAGGAAGUCAGGGAAGUGGUCCGCCAUGCCGCCGGCACCAAGUCCCCUGACCUUUCCAACCAGAACUCUGACCAGGCCAACGAGGAGUGGGAGACCGCCUCAGAAAGCAGCGACUUCACGGAGAGGCGGGACAAAGAUGGCAUGCUGGUGAAGGGCGUCCCUGGAACAGUCAAGUCAAUGGAUCCGAACGCUGCCCAGAAGAAGGAAUCCUCUAAGCGCAGUUUCUCCAGCCAGCGGCCUGGCAUGGACCGGCAGAAUCGGCGCUCCAACCCCGGGGAUUCAGGGGGCAAAAGUAGCCGCAACAACACUGGGUCCAUGAAGAAUGAGAAGCGCAACUGGUCAUCUCCGAAGAAUAAGAGGCCAGUAGAAGAACGUGCACCUUCCCUCCCUGCAGCUCUUUCUCAGAAUGCCAGUGCUGUGUUCAGAGUGGACAGGAUCAUUCCCAGCGAUUCCGCUGCCAUCCAACAAGCCAUCGCUGAAGUCAGCAGCAGGCAUAAAGACCGCAAGCUGGCCCCUGCCAAAGCUAAAGAGAAGAGUGAUAUGUUGACACAAUUUGACCUGAAUGAUUAUGCAAGUGUGGUGAUCAUUGAUGAUCACCCAGCAGUUUCAGCCGACGAUGAGACCAUAUCUCCCCUGAAUGACGGCUUCACCCGAGUCAUUUCCAAGCGGCAGAAAAGAAUCCUGGAUGAGGAACGACGCAAAAAGGAAGAGAAUCUUCUCCAGAAGGCUGUCAAAAUCUGCGGGAUAGAUACUUUGCAAGCUUCCUUACCUGGUUUCCCCAAAAAACAGUCGAAGAAGGUUACUAUGUCAGCCACCAAAUCUGAAGAGAGCAACACUGGUCAAACUAAUGCAACUGAUCUGGGAACUCAGAUCUGGAAUACUACACAUUCUGUUGGUUCCCUGAAUCCUCCAGCAACCUCUGGGCUGGACACUUGGAUCAAGCCUUUGAAUGUCUUUGCGGAGGCAGUCAGUGCUGAGGCCAGCCAGACUGACAGUGGGGUGGAUUUGAGCAGCGACUGUCAGGUCUCCUCAACCAGUUCCUCGCAGCGUAGCUCUCCAGACGGCAGCCUGAAAACAGACACCGGGGAGCGUGUUGGGCUUAUUAACCGGAUCAGCACAAAAGUGGUUGAUAUGCGAUCAUCAGAAAACCAGCUCCCAGAACCCAAAGAGCAGAGACAGAGACCUGCUAGGACAGGAGCGCUGAAAGAAAAUAAGUUCCAGGAGUCUGCCAGCGAAUUAGGUAAAGAGCAUAAACCUGGGCCAAUAGGAAAUGAACGUUCACUGAAAAAUAAGAAGGCAAGAGAAGGACAGCACAAAUCAAGUCCUGAUAGAGGCGCAAAAGCUGUUGGCUUUUCCAUAAGUAGACCAAAAUCAAAGCCUGACCCUGACUUGCUCCUGGAGAAUGAAGUUGCUGUGCCACCGAUCCAGUUUGGAGCGAGUGCAAAAGAUUCUGAUUUCAAUCUGAAUGUGAGUACCCUGCCCAGAUCCGCAAGUUCGUCACCCAACACUCUACAGAAUUCUGCCAGCAACGAUGUGCCUUUAGCUCCCCCACUUCCAGUUGCUGCAAUUGAGGCCCCACCACAAGACAAUGAGAUGGCUCCUGCAUCUCAUCCUGGCAAUGAAUUGACUCUUAAGAUGGAAUCUGCUCGCAAGGCGUGGGAGAAGUCGCCAACUGUCACGGAGAAGGAGGUUGCUGCAAGUGUGACCAACACGGAUGUUCCUGAGAUGUCUGGUGGCUACCAUUCCUUUGUCACCUCCAUUCCAGCAAUACCUGUGGCAUCUGUGGCCCCAUCUGCCACACUCUCAGCCCCAGGUGGCCAGAUUCCACCCUGCUACGUGGACAGUCAUUACUACAAUAGUCAGCCUCGUGGAAUGCCUCCCUCCAUCUCCCAGCAUCAAGGGUUUCAACCUGGCCUCUCACGGGCGAUGCCAACACAACAGAUCACGCUUCCUCUACACACUCCCCUGCAGGGCCAGGCGCAGGUUUCUGCCCUUGGCAUCCAACAAGGGACACCAGUCUCCCAAACACAGGAUAUGUUUGCUUCCCUCCAGUCUUUCAGAUCCCAACAGUUGUACCUCCAGCCUGGACUGUCCCCACCCUCUGCUGCCAUGGUUCAAGGCUCUACGCUAAUAUCUGGGGGUCCAGUGAAGGGUCAGUAUGUUGGCUUCUCAGCAAUGCAAGCUGGAGAGGUAACAAAGGCUCCAGCAGGGCUGCCCUAUCAGCAGGCAGCUUGCACUCCUCCGAUGUCCGUCAUUUACAACACGCAACUGGGCAACUCCCAGCUCAUUGACUCUCAGUUAAUACAGAUGCGGCAAGGCUUGGCCCAACCAUCUGACUUCUACUCCUCUCCGCUGCAGCAGCCCAGUCAGAGCAACUACUUCACUGCACCACCGAUGUCCAGUGGCCCCCUCCACCAGAUGUUGGUGCCUAUGUUGGGUUCCCAGUUGUCAGUCCCUGGGUUUGGAUCCAUGCAGCAACCCCUGGUUCAACUUCCGCAGUCUCUGCAUCAGUCACAGGCGCAAACCGUCCCUCCAGGGGCUCCCAGACGAGUACUUCACUCCAGCUUUCAUACCACUGCACCUACUCUAGGAAGAGAGAAUGAAUUUUUUUAUGUGCAGGUCAAUCCAGUAGAUCCGAAGUCAUUUCAUUUGGACAGAAAGAUGAAUCAGUCUCCUGGUGCACUUGGAUAUACUGUUCCAUCACCUACAAUGUUCAGGCCUGGCACAACGAGUCCAAGGGGCAAAUCCCCUGGACCAAUCCAAUGUGGCAUCAAUCCAUUGCUCUGUUUCAGGGGGAAUGUGUCACAGCAGGCAAAGCAACGAGCGGAAGUGCUGCAGAGCACCCAAAGAUUCUUCGAGAGAGUGACACCCCGCAGCAGUUGUAACAACAAUCCCAGCUCUCUCCCUGCCAUCGAGCAGCAGGAAGGAGAUGCCCUUACAUCACACAAGGACGAGAAAUCUUCGGGUAACCCCAAGCCAGUGCGGACGGGGCCCAUCAAGCCCCAGAGUGUGAAGCCGCAGGAUGAGAAACUGUAACAAGUGAUUAGAGACUGCAGCCUCUCAAAACUGAAGCAAUCUACAUUUAAGGGGUUCUGUUUGUCAGUCUCAAAGAAAUAUGGCUUUUGUUUUUAGAAAGAAAAAAAAAGAUGAAAUGUGACUGAUGUCAGUGGACUACACAAGUGGUUCGUGAACGAGAGCCAACUCCAGCAGCUUCAACCUGUGUGAAAGUGAAGCUGAACUAGGAGGAAGCAAUAAGGGAGAAGAGGCCUUUCUAAGGAAAAAAAAGAGACUCUAGAAUUCUUUACCAUAAUGAAGCAUUCAUCUUAUUGGUAACUAGCAAGUCCUUGUAGAUCUACUUAAUAAAUGCCAAUCCCUUAUAAGGCAGCUGCUUUCUUUGAGGGACAAACCGUGUAAAGACUAGAAUCGGUUUGAACACAAGGUGUUUAGAAUAAGAGGGCCACUCAGUGAGUCGAGCAUUUCAGAAGUAAUGUGGACAGAUCUCUCUAGCUUCUGUCUUGUCUAUGUUCCAAAACGGUUGUGAAUGUUUGCAAAUGGUGGUAGAUGGGUACAAAUGACUGUUUCCAUUGCUGUUUUUACUGUGUGGUGUCACACUAUUAAGAGGCAUGUUUGCCAGUGUUGAGGAGUGUAAUAGGCGCUAGAUCAGCUAGACGUCUUCCCUUGUUCCUCCAACCUAUUCAUUCCCUGUUUUUCCACCCUUGCCCUCCCAAUCCCCUCAAAAAAGAACAGGGGGUUUUCUUUAAAUUUGUUUUCCCCUCUCCCCGGCAUUGCAUUUUGUCAAAUUGCAGGCACACACAGUUCAGGGAAGGUGAAUAAGCCAGGUUUCAAAUUCGACCCUUGCCUUGCUGUUGGAGCGUCUGUGAUGUCAAGUCUCUAACACUGAGCAAAGAAUGUGGGUCUCUGACCUGAAAUAAUAUUUGUUACAGGUUCUGUGAACUCAAAGCAGUAGGACUGGUGAUUUUCAGAGUAAUGACUGUCAGUGUUCAGUGUCCUUGACCGUGUUGCUGUUGCAUCCCAAGUAGCAGUGUUAAAAUCAGCAGAGAAAAAUAUCCCUGAAGUACUAAGCAGCUGCUUUUCCCAUCUCAGCAGAGCAGUGGCAAUGUGAAGAAUCAACAAUUCAUCCCAUGGAUGGUGAGGUGGUGGCUAAGGAUUUGAAAAUUGGAACAGAUUGCUCCCUUAUUACCAGAUGGAGACCAGUUUGUAAUCUCUUCCUUUUCCUCUGACUUGGAAGCAAUGCUCAAAUGAUGCAAUAUCUGGAAGAGGGUCACCUAGUGUUGAAGCACUGAUUUACAGCCAAAUGUUUUAUUUGUGCGUUCCCCCCCCCCCACCCCCCUGAGAGAGCUUCUGCUCCAUUGCCACACUCCAACCUCCUGAUCUGGGAGUGGGACGCGUGGUGAGGUACAGCAGUCAAUUUCUUCAGACCAAUCAGCCUGCAAACUUGAUAUCGUUGGCAAUAUCAGUAUGAAUGAACAGGGCUAGUGUGUUGAUAUAGAAGAACUGGUGGUGUGCAUCUCCUGCUUUUACUGUUUGUGUAGAAUAGGUUUGGGGAAGGCAGGUAUUUGUCUGCACAACUGUUGUGAAAUAUUUUAUCUUGAAUGAUAACUGCAAGGAAAGUGACUUGUUUCCUUUGCAGGUUCAAUAGAAAUUUGUGGCUUUGAGUUUAAUGGGAUUAAUUGAGCAGGUUAGUUUUGCUACAUUUUUGAUUUUGAUCCAAUUUUGAUUUUGUGCUCUGGGUAUGAGAUAGAUGCACCUUUCUCUAGGAGAAAUCAACCUGAGGCAAAUGCAUGUCUGUGGAUGGAUAAGUGAUGUUCCUGUACUACCAUUUCCUACAGCAUGGGGUUAAGUACUAACCACUGCAGCACACAGGUGACCCAGUUCUACAGAGACUGGAGCAAGUGGUCAAAGUGGAGGUUCAUUAACUUGGCUCACUGAUCAUGUGGCAACUUGAAGAGUCAUACUGUCACCCCUUCAGAACAAAUAGUGCAGGGUUUCAAACACAUUUAUUGUUCUACCGUUGUCUAUUUUAUCCCCCAAUUGCACUUGGUGCUUCAAAUGUGAGUGAUAAGGGUGGGUUCCCAACUUUUGAAGAAAUGCCGAGCUUGCAAUUUGUCUUUAUACCGCUGCCUCAUUGGAAUCUGACAUUCAGAGCGCCUGCUGAGCUGAUCCAGUACUGACGUCAUUUUUUUUUACAAGAUCUCGAUCUCCUUCCCAAAACCUAGGUCCUAAGAAUGCAAAGGCUCAUUGUUGUGCUCUCAUCUCCCUUGGGCUGGCAGUGUGUGAAAUAUCUGCUCCCAAGCAACAAGGGCAAAACUUAAGGUUUCUCAUCAGAUAUUAAGGGACAGUUCAUUCUCUUAUUCUCUCAGCCCACCCCAACCCACCUUAAUGUGACCCCCUCAACUUUUGAGCACCUGUAAGAAACUUUAGACUGUUAUCACUGCUUGGAAGCUUACAGAAACAGUUCCCACCCAACCAAUACUUUUGUGACAGUCUGCAUUGCUUAACUACUAAGAUACCAUAAAAGCCCACCUUGUGUAGCAUUGAGUGAUGCAGGUCACCAGAGUGGGGUGCUUGGACAUGUUGAGGUGCCAUUAAGGGUACAGCUAAGCUAGGUGAGAUUGCCAUUGGUGAAUCACUACUUUGAAAUGUUUUCUGUGCCAGAUCUGCUGUGCUGCCCAAAGCUGGAGUAGAAAUAAAUGAUUAACAUACACAAAUCAGUUAGACGCAUUACAAGUAGUGAAAGAGUUUGAGCUUCACUUUAUGUAACACAACUUUCAAAACUGUUUGAGUGCUGAUUGAUGCCUUCCAUUUCUGGCUACAUCAUUUGAGGUGGGAAUACAGUGAGCAUGGGGGGCUGAGUGUGGACAAACUACAUUCCCAGGUGACACUUUCCAGUGUGCGAUGCAGGGGAUCUGUUUUGUUUUUCAUUUUAGAGAAAGCCAAACCAACAUUUGUACCGACCUAUCACUAUUUUAAACCGUUCAUGUUCAAAGUAAAUAAAAUGAUGGGGAGGGAGGAAAUGCAAGCAAAGGGAGAGACGGGGUGGGGUACCGGGGGAAAACAAAUCCUUUUCGUGAUUGUGUGUGACCUCAUUUGUGAUGGGCCACAAUUGUUCUUUGAAGAUUCACUAGUUGAAAAGCUCUCUGCUGCAUUGUUUGCCUGGCUCCACUUUCAUGUACUGUCACACAGUGUAAUUUAUAAUCCUAAUAAAAGUGGCUGUUUUGAGGGCUGCAGCAAACCCGCUCCUCAAUAUUUCA